UGCGUUUACAACAGAAUGCGUAGUAUCUCAGCAAAUUAACACAAUAUUCAAGGGCUUAGAACACAUUACAGUGGUAAUAUGGGCAAAUUAAAUGUUGUAGUUUUGAGGUAUCUGUCCAGAGAUGACUUCCGUGUCCUCACAGCGGUUGAGAUGGGGAUGAAAAACCAUGAGGUAGUUCCAGUCAGCCUCAUAUCCUCCAUCGCCAGCCUGCGUCACGGAGGCUGCAACAAGAUCCUUAGAGAGCUCGUCAAACACAAAAUAGUGGCCUACGAGCGUACUAAGAUGGUACAUGGCUACCGUCUGAACUAUGGGGGCUAUGACUACCUGGCUUUGAAGACGUUCUGCUCUAGAGAAAUACUCCUUUCUGUCGGGAACCAGAUGGGAGUUGGGAAAGAGUCAGAUAUCUACAUCGUGGCCAGUCCAGAGGGGGAGCAGUACGCGCUUAAGCUCCACAGGCUGGGGAGGACCUCCUUCAGGAACCUGAAGAACAAGAGGGACUACCACAAACACAGGAAGAACAUGUCCUGGCUUUACCUCUCACGCCUCUCGGCCAUGAAGGAGUACGCCUACAUGAAGGCCCUGUACGAACGAGGGUUUCCUGUCCCUAAGCCCAUUGACUAUAACAGACACGCUGUGGUUAUGGAGCUCAUCAAUGGAUAUCCACUCUGUCAGGUGCGUGAGCUGGAAGACCCGUCCUCCAUGUACAAUGAUGUCAUGGAGCUGAUAGUGAAGCUGGCCAAUCAUGGCCUUAUCCACGGUGACUUCAAUGAGUUUAACCUGAUGCUGGACGACCACGAUCACGUGACCAUGAUCGACUUCCCCCAGAUGGUGUCUACCACACACUUCAAUGCAGAGUGGUAUUUUGACCGGGAUGUCAAAUGUAUACGAGAUUUCUUUGCCAAAAGAUACAAUUAUGAGAGUGAGCUGUACCCAACCUUCAAAGACAUCAGACGUUCCGUUUCUCUGGACGUUGAGAUCUCAGCCAGCGGCUUCACCAAAGACUUUGAGAGAGACGCAGCAUUGCUUGAUCCUAAAGGACCAGAUGGAGAGGAGGAGGACGACGAAGAGGGAGAGGAGGAUGACGAAGGAGAGGAAGAGGAGGAUAUGGAGAAGAGAAUGGACAUGGAGGAGUAUAGGCAUGCUAUAUUGGAACUGGAGGGGCUCAAAGUCAGUGACACAGAGACACACACUGAGACAGGAGACGAGGAUGGACAGAGAGACCCAGGGAGAGGAGAACAGAGAGACCCAGGGAGAGGAGAACAGAGAGACCCAGGGAGAGGAGAACAGAGAGAGACUGAUCCAGAGGCUGUUGUGAUGGGUGGUCUUGAUGAAGAGAGAGAAAAGGAGGAAGAGGAUGUGUGUCCUGAGCUGGUCGACCUCUCCUCCUGCAACCGAGAGUUCAAACCUUUCAGAGACUCAGACAGCCUGCUUCAUGUGGUUGAACACAGCAGGAGGAGGACGGACAGUGAGGCUACCGCCGGCAGUGUAGGGAGCUGCUCUACUAUACCACCGGAGGUGGUUCGUGCAAAGGUGCGGAGACAGCUUAGUAAGCAGCAGAAAGCAGCUCAGAGGAGACGGCUGAUAAAGGGAGAAUCUAACCUGGUCACUGCAGAGAGGAGAGAGAAUCAGAGUAACAUCAAAUCUAGUCUAGAGACUGAUGGCUUCUGGGGCUGAGAGGGACGUACGUGAUGGAGUGCGUGUCAAGUGUGUGUGAGAACCUUGUCACGAGGACAACAGAACAUGGCCUCUCUCCCAGUGACGAGCCCCCAGCGACGAGCCCCCAGCGACAAGCCCCCAGCGACAAGCCCCCAGCGACAAGCCCCCAGCGUUGGGUCAUGUUUUGUAUCUACUGCAGUUUGAAUACUUUCAAUAAAGACAACUUUAAUAUGA